GUUUGACAGAAAAGAAAUCAAUCUUCUUUAUCAAUAAACCGAAAUGUCGGAUUUCGUCUCGAGCAAGCGGCAACGAGUUAGUAAAGCUUGUGAGCAGUGUCGUCGAAAAAAGAUUAAGUGCAAUGGCGACAUGCCCCUGUGUGCCAAUUGCUAUACUUUGGGCCUGCAAUGUACAUACAAAGAAUCGACCAAGAAGCGUGGGCCACCCAAGGGAUACAUCGAAGCUAUUGAGGGACGUUUGCAUCGUCUGGAAGCACUACUCGGCAGUGUUAUUCAGGAGGAUGACCCUCGGUCACAAGCAAUCUUGAAAGAACUUAAUGCUCCCUUAGAAACCGCCUACGGUGAAGUGGUUAGACCGAGGCCCAUGCGAAAACCAGACAUGUUGGGUCCAGGGGAAGAGGAAUCUGACAUGCAGGAUCUGACUUUGGAUCCAUCUUCGGCUGAAAGUGUUAAUGAUGUCUCGGAUAAAAUAACCGACGACAAUGACGAAAAUACCAAUGACAAUCUUGGAAAUCUUUCCAUCGACGAAAGUGGUCAACUUCGCUAUUACGGCAAAUCAUCUGGCUUUUACAUGCUUCGCAGUAGCAAGAAUUUUCAGAACGGGGCUUUUCACUUUAAUUCCAAAGGCUAUCGUUCUCGAUCUAGCGAGCAGGAUUCCGUCUUGAAUAUGCUCUCGGUCGAUCCGUACGAGUUACCGCCUCAAGAUUUAUCCGCCCAUUUACUGGAUUUAUACUUUGAUCACUUUUACCCGCUUUUACCUCUGUUGCACAAAAAGUCGUUUCUUGAAUCUCUGAAAAGCAAAGAUCAUCCACCGCCAUUGCUUUUAUUGAACGCCAUCUAUGCAGUUGCUUCUCGUAUUUCCCCUGAUGUACGUGUUCGUGCCAAGCCCGACCUCCCGGAUUCAGCUGGUGACAUCUUUUUUGAAAGAGCUCGCAUUCUCCUCGAUUUUGAAUGGGACGAUUUCCGGCUUUCCACCGUCCAAUCCCUCUUGCUGAUGAGCAGUCAUCAAAACGGAGCCCUUAAAAAUAUACGAGGAUGGCUUUACAGUGGGCUGGCAUUCCGCAUGUCUCAAAAUUUAGGUCUCAACCGAAAUUGCGACAGCUGGCAUCUUUCCGAAACUGAAAAGGAGGAACGGAAACGAGUAUUUUACUGCUGUUUUGUGGUUGACAGACUUACUUGUGCUAUGCAUGGAAGAGCGCCCAUGAUCGACGAACGCGAUUACGACACACCGUACCCUAUGCAGAACGAUGAAGAUGAUCUCGAUCGUUCGCCAAGAAUCAUGGAUAACUUUCAUCAAUUAAUCAAACUAUGUGAAAUUCUUGGUGAGGUUUUAUGCAAUUUAUACACGGUGAAAAGCAGAAAGCGAUUAUCCAUCAUGGCGACCCCGGAUUCCGUGAUCUCGAAACUGGAUAAAAUGUUGAACAACUGGAUGGCAAAACUUCCACAGUCGGUUCAGUAUCGGCCACCCAAUACAAGAAUGGCCGAACACGCACCUGCCCCCACAUUGGAAUUAUGCCAGUUACACAUGUUAUUCUACACCACUGUCAUCCUGCUGCAUCGUCCCUUUAUUCCUGGACCGACACAAACAACCGCACUUUCCGCAUUUCCGUCUGCCGCCAUUUGUACGUUUGCUGCCAACAAAAUCUUGGAUAUUGUUCAGUUAUUGAUGGAGGAGAACCGCUUGAAGAAUGUCAACAAUUACGCGCUUUAUUUCAUGUUUACGGCUGGUAUCAUUUUCAUCAACGAUGCUGCGUCGACGGACAGCAUGUUUGCAUUUGAAGCCAAAAUCAGUAUCAAUAAAAUCAUUCGCGCCAUGGAUACGGUGGAAGCCACUUGGAUUACUUCCGCUCGUCACUGCAACAUUCUCGGUGAACUGGCGGGACUACGCGACAUCAACUUGGAAUGCGUAGAUGAAAACUACACCAAACGACCGCAGCAAAGAGAAUGGACUCCCUCUUUAUCCAUCACCGUCCCGAAUUCUCCGGAAAUGGACAAUGGAUCGCCGGAAUCUAAGCCUCGCGUCACCAGAUCUUUGAUGGCGUCACAGACGAAGAGCUCCAUGUUACCGUAUUAUCUAUCCGGUUAUGCCACAAGUAGUGGCCCAGCAACCGAUUUCGAGUCCAAAGAUCUAUUGCGUCAAUCUAGCCAUUCCUAUCAACCCAGUCCAUUACCAACAUCACGCACCGAACAUUCCUCACCUCAACCGAUUGCUCUACCUACUCAUGUUGCGGACAAUUAUGCCAGUCCGGAUCAGGCUCAAUCCCUUGAUGUUGUUGGCACGGCGUUUUGGAACGUUCCCAUGUCUUUUGACAUUGAUGAAUGGAAUAUCUAUUUCAACAAACAGAAUUAUCGUCCGCAGACAUUGUUAUCACAAGCUUCACCACCGUAUCAAUCGAAUCCAAGUUCAAGUGCGGAGGAUGCGGCACAAUCACAAGCCUUUUACCUGCCAUCUGAUACACGGCAAGGUACGCAGGAUCCAUCCAGAAUUUGGUAAAGGCCCUGUCCCAUUGUAUCAAAAGUUUUCUUCUUCCCCCUGCCACUAUUUCACUUAUAAUAAUCCAAAAGCUGUUGGUGUUGCUGCCUUUAUUUUCAGCUUAAUCUAUAGAAUUUAUAACUAUUUAAUCGCCUACUGUAAAUAUUCCUGCAUCGUAAUUUUUCCCCGUAAAUAUAUUCUUUU